AUGGCAUCAUUAUUAAAAUUAUUUCAAACACUUGAUCCAACUACACGUUUUUAUUUACGUUCAAAUCAUAUUGCUGAAGUUCAUGAAGCUCUUUUAUCAAGUUUAGCCGUUUGUCAACCGGAUGAUGCUUUUCUCUGGCUCAUUAGUUGUUUACGUGAAUUACAAUCAUCACCUAUUCUUGUCAGUAAUAUUAAUUGGGAUUAUUUUAUACCCGAAUGCUAUCAUCCACUGAAACGACCGUUUACAGUUGAAAAUAGUCUCUCUUAUGUAUUUGCUGUUUGUGAUGAAACACUUGAACCUAGUGAAAAACAAAUUAGUUCGGCCAUUGAACAUUAUAAUCAUCGAACUGCACGAAAAUAUUUUCAUGCAUGGCUUCGUUAUCAUCUGACACGUCAUGCUCAUCUCGUACUUGAAGAACAAACAAUACAGAAUGCUGCAAACUAUCAUCGUUUACAUUUAUUACAAGUCUAUUUUAAUGAAUGGAAUGAAUGGGCACGUUUUCGUUUAAAUCGACAAAAAGCAGCCGCAAAUCAUCUAACACAUUGUCAUGAAAUAAAUCAGUUGAGAAUUAUUUUGAAUGAGUGGAAUCAAGUGGCACAAAAUGCUCGACGAACAAGAGAUUAUUUUGAUCGAGUUGAACGAGGAGAAGAUAAUCAAGCAUUUGAUGGAUUUUUGAGUCAUGGAGAGGCGCGUGAUGAACUUUCAUUGUUAACACGAGAAGCUGCCGUAAGAAUAUUAAGUUAUUUAGAUAUUGAUGAUUUGGCACGGUGUUCACAAGUAUGUCGACAAUGGAAAGUAUUGACACAAUCAUCUGUUCUAUGGUCUAAAUUGGAUCUUCAUCAGACCAGUAAUGUUCUUGAUGAUAAAUUAGCUAUGAGAUUUAUUCAACGAGCUCGUCCAUACUUACAACAUUUGAAUUUGAGACAAUGUAAUCGAAUUGGACGUUUAACAUUCCUAGGUAUUAGUAGUUGUAAAAAUUUACAAGAUAUCAAUUUAAGUGAAUGUACAGCUGUUAAUGAUGAAGCUAUCACUAUAAUGACAGCUGGUUGUCAUAUUCUUCUUUAUUUAAAUUUAUCUCAUACAGAGAUUACUGAUACAACAUUUAGAAGUUUAUCGAGAAAUUGUCCGUUUCUACAAUUUCUAAGUUUAGCUUAUUCAAUAAAAUUCAGCGAUCGUGCAUUUACGUACAUCAUUAAUGGAAAAGGUUGUCGAAAACUGCUGUAUUUGGACAUCACUGGUUGUCAACAAUUGUCACAUGUUGGAUUCGAGGGAAUAUCAGAAGCAUUUCACGAUUUAGAGCAACUUGUCGUUGAUGAUAUAGUCGAUUUGACUGAUAAACAUUUUGAUCGUAUAUUUAAACGUUUGACAAAAUUAAAACAUUUGUCAUUGUGGUCAUCUACUCGUUAUCUGACUGCGUAUGCAUUUCGACAACUGGGUUAUUUAUCAAAAUUAACCGUACUCAAAUUUGAUUCAAAUAAAUUGAUUAAUGAUUUUUCCGUUCGUCAUAUUUGUAAGCAAUGUCAAGAACUACAACAUAUAUCUAUUACUGAUUGUUCAUCUAUCACUGAUUCGUCUAUGAAAGCCAUUGGUAGUUUAAAACAAUUAAGAGUGUUAAAUAUUGCCGAUUGUAUCCUCAUUUCUGAUUUGGGUAUUAAAUCAUUAGCCGAUGGUAUUUGUGUAUUACGUUUAAGAGAAUUAAAUUUGACAAAUUGUAUGCGAGUAGGUGAUGCAUCAAUAAUACAAUUGACUAGAAGAUGUAAAAAAUUAGCUUAUUUGAAAUUAUGUUAUCUUGAACAAAUAAGCGAAGCGGGAAUGGAACUCAUUGGACAAAUGGAAAGUUUAAUAUCGAUUGAUUUAUGUGGGACAAAAUCGUGCACUGAUUCUGGUAUUAAAUCAUUGGGUAUAAAUGGUCGACUCAAACAAGUGUCAAUGGCAUCAUGUAAACAAAUUGGCGAUUUAGGACUGACUAAAUUCACAUCCUAUUGUUCACAACUAGAAGAAUUAAAUUUGUCAUUUUGUACACAACUGACAGAUAAUGCAAUUCGUUCAAUGGCAUUUUGCUGUAAACUAUUAACAACGUUAAAUGUUUGUUCAUGUGGUCUAUUGACAGAUAUGAGUUUACAAUAUUUAAGUGGAGUUUGCAAAUAUUUAAGAGAAUUAGACAUUUCUUAUUGUCAACUGAUAACAGAUAAGGGCAUGAAAUAUUUAAGACGAAAUUCACAUUAUUUAAAACGUUUAUUUAUCAUCGAAUGCAAAGGUAUUUCAAGGUUAACAAUUGAAAAACUUUUAUUAAAAGUACCCUACGUCCAGUUUCAAUAUGUAGAUUCGUAA